CGGAGUGCGGGUUACGUUCGGGCGGCGCACGCGGCCUUUGCUUCGCUCUGUCCCGGCGCUGGCGGGAUGACGCGCUUUGCUCUGACAGUGGUCCGGCAUGGAGAAACAAGACUUAACAAGGAGAAAAUCCUUCAAGGACAAGGAAUAGAUGAGCCUCUUUCAGAAACUGGAUUUAAACAAGCAGCUGCUGCUGGCAUAUUUCUUAAUAACGUGAAGUUUACUCACAUUUUCUCCAGUGACCUCAUGAGGACAAAGCAGACCGUGCAUGGAAUUUUGGAGAAGAGCAAAUUUUGCAAAGAUAUGACAGUAAAGUAUGAUUCAAGACUUCGAGAAAGUAAAUACGGGGUUGCAGAAUGCUGGCCACUGAGUGAGCUAAGGGCCAUGGCCAAAGCAGCUGGGCAGGAGUGCCCUGUGUUCACACCGCCCAGAGGAGAGACCUUGGACCAGGUGAAAAUGCGUGGAAAAGACUUCUUUGAAUUUCUUUGUCAGCUGAUCCUGAAAGAAGCAGGUGGUCAGAAUGAACAGUUUUCCCAAGAAGCCCCCAGCAACUGUUUGGAGAGUUCUUUGGCAGAGAUAUUUCCUUUAGGGGAAAACUGUGCCUCCAAGUUUAAUUUGGACAGCAGCGCUCCAGGGUUAGUGGCCAGUGUCUAA